AUGACAGAUGCUAAUGAUAACACAGGCGUUUGUGGUUUUCUGUGGCCAACAUGUUCUCGUCUUGUACCAUGCAAUUCUUCAGACAACUCGUGUCUUCAGUCUAAUACGAUUUGCGUUCAUCAUCCUCAAUGUGAUGAUCGGUCGCUUUGGUAUCCAGUGACGAUGAUAAAUAUAAAAGGAAUCCUAAAUGGAAUAGCUGUUGCUGGAGGAAAUGGAGAAGGAAGCGAAUUAAAUCAACUUGCAGGCCCUAUGGGAAUCUUUAUUGAUGAUGAAAAAACGAUUUAUAUUAUUGAAGCUGAGAAUAAGCGUAUUGUUGCAUGGAAACAUGAUUCAAAGAAUGGUCAAGUCAUUGUAGAUGGAAAUGGAAAUGAUCAGCUCACAUGGCCAACAGAUGUGAUUUUUGACAAGCAAAAUAAUUCUUGGAUUACUUGUGAUCCAGGAAACGCACGAGUGAUGCGAUGGUUUUAUCAAAAUCAAAUAAAAGAACCAAUUCUUAUUUCUGGUAUUGGUUGUGGGGGUCUGACAAUAGAUAAAAAUGGAUUUAUCUAUAUUUCUGAUUGGCACAAUAAUGAAGUGAGACAGUGGAUAGAAGGAGAUCAAUAUGGAAGAAUAGUUGCCGGUGACAAUGGAUAUGGAAAUGGUCUUAAUCAAUUCAAUCAUCCAGAUUCUCUCUUUGUUGAUGAAGAUCAAUCUGUUUAUGUAUUAGAUAGAUUCAAUCAUCGUGAGAUGAAAUGA